AUGUCUGGGAAGCCUGUGCUUCACCACUUCAAUGGCCGGGGCAGAGUGGAGUGCAUCUAACAGAUGCUUGCAAAUGUAGGAGUGAAGAGUUUUGAAGAGAAGUUUAUAGAAUGCCCAGAAGAUUUGGAAAAGUUAAAAAAAGAUGGGAAGUUGAUGUUUGAGCAAGUGCCCAUGGUGGAGAUUGAUGGGAUGACAUUGGUACAGACCAGAGCCAUUCUCAACUACAUUGCCACCAAAUAUGACCUCUAUGGGAAAGACGUGAAGGAGAGAGCCCUGAUUGACAUGUAUGCAGAGGGUAUUGCUGAUCUGAGUGAAAUGAUCAUACACUUGGUUGUCACACCCCCAGACCAAAAAGAAGCCAAGAUUGCUUUGAUAAAAGACAGGACCAAAAACCGGUACUUGCCUGCCUUUGAAAAAGUGUUGAAGAGCCACGGACAAAACUACCUUGUUGGCAACAGGCUGACCAGGGUGGACAUUCACCUGCUGGAACUUCUCCUCUAUGUUGAAGAGAUGGACUCCAGCCUUCUGGCCCCUUUUCCCCUGCUGAAGGCCCUGAAGAGCAGACUCAGCAACCUGCCCAAUGUGAAGAAGUUCCUCCAACCUGGCAGCCAGAGAAAACCUCCCACUGAUGAGAAGACAAUUGAGGAGGCAAGGAAGGUUUUCAAGUUUUAGUAAAGCUGCACUGACCAAGUCCUUGUAUACCACCAGUCUCUGAUGUUUUGCAAAAAAUGAGAACCAACUGUGGAU